ACACCGUUGACUAAAUCAAAAUUAAUAAAACUAGAAUGUUUGAAUUGUUGGUUAUUGCUAGGAAUAUUUCGCCUACACAAAAAUAAACAUUUUUAUCUCUGCUGUUCUAAUUGAUAGCAGAUAACUACCAUAUGUCGGUCAUUAAACAUGUCUUAGAGUUCACAUCCAAACAUUUUUAGAGUAAGUGCGUUCUGUAAUUCAAUUGGUUUUUGAAUCUCAUUUGAAGGUCUGAUUUAACAAAACGAAAUGUUAAAACUAGUAUUUAUCGUGAUAGUCCUUAUCGAAGCGGUUAACCUCACAGACGUAUCAUAUUAUGAAAUUCUAGGGAUAACUAAACAGGCAUCGACUCAGGAAAUAAAACAGGCGUAUAAAAAAUUAGUCGUAAAGUUUCACCCUGAUAAAAAUCCUAAUGAAGCCAAACAAGAAAAAUUUCUUAAAAUAACUGAAGCCUAUGAAACCUUGAAGGAUCCAGAGAAAAGGCGCAAUUAUGAUUUGUAUGGAUCAUACACAACUUAUUCAAGAAAAUAUGAUUAUAAAUCUCAGUCGGAAUAUGAUAAUUUGUACUAUAAAGGACUGUACCAUAAUGAUCCAUUUGUUGACACUUUAUCUGGAUCAAGUUUCUACAAUUACCUGAAUGAAGGAUUUCACUUUAUAAAUUUUUACUCACCAUUUUGUCCCCCCUGUCAAAAUAUUGCAGAUCAUUGGAAGAAGUUAGCAGAAAUAUAUAAGGGCAUUGUGAAAGUCGGUGCUGUUAACUGCAAAUACCAUAACUCAUUUUGUUAUAACUCAAUGCGAAUUGGCAGCUAUCCAACUCUAUUAUUUUACCCUAAUGGUAAAAGUGGAAACUAUUUAUAUUACCGAGGCGACAGGACUUUCGAGGCUCUAGAUGAUUUUGUAAUGACAUACCUAAACAGUCAUGUGCAUGUGCCUACCGUCUCUCAACUGCGAAAUACCGACAGGCCAAUCGCCUACGUUCUCGGUGCUAAUAGAAUAGACAGGAGUGCCUUAACAAGGAUUGCAUAUCGAUUGAACGGCCUUGUAGCAAUCGCUAUCGUAGAAGACGAGAGCUUGAGAGAUAAAUUAUCCGAAAGUGACUACACAACGAUCGUGUUCAAAUACAAAGGUUUUAUUAAAGACAUAGAGAGUACAAAUGAGGAAGAUGUUCUAAAAGAUAUAGUGGCUGCCUUGCCGAAGAUCGAGCUAAUUGAUCCAGAAAAGUUGAAGAACAUACGUAAUAAGUUACGUAGAGGAGAACAAACGCCUUGGGUCCUGUAUUUCUCCACCAAGGGAAGUGACAGACUCGUUCUACAUCAAAUGAGAAUGUCGUUCCCUAAUUUAAAUUUUGGCGAGAUCGAUUGCGACGUAUGGGCGGAGCUGUGCUCGUCGCUGCACGUGGAGGCGGCGCCGGCGUGGGCGGUCCUGAAGCGCGGCGGCGCCUACCAGCGGGCGUACGCGCCGGCGGACGCACGCACCUUCGUCCGCACCGCCGCCGCCGCCCUCAGCCUGCACACGCUCUCCGCUUCCGACCUCAACAAGAUCUUGGAAGGGGAUGUCGGCGUGUGGGUGCUGCUGGUAGUUCCGCACGGAUCGCCGUGGGACAGCAUGGCCGGACCCUUCACUCAGACCAGCAUGCAUUUCAACAACGACGAAAACGUCAGUUUCGGCAUAAUGAUAUGCACGGCAAGCACCGACCAGCACUGCCGACGAGUGGCGCCGGAGAAGCCCGUCGUGCUUCUGCAGAACUUCACCAGGCGGCACACGUACCGCGGCGAGCUUAACGAGAGGGAGCUUUUGGAGUACAUCAAUAUGCUGAGAGACAGUGAAGAUCUUGAGUUGACGGAGAAUCAAGUUUUAGAGAUAUCGGAUCCGAGCCGCGAGCACGCGUGGCUGGUGGCGUACCUGCCCGCGCACUGCGGCGCCUUCUGCGACGACCUCGCCCACCACUGGAUGAUCGUUGCCAGCAAGCUGCGACCUCUGACUUUUGUUCGAGUUGGAAUGUUGCAAUGUGCAAAAAUAAAGAGCGGUUUCUGUACAAACAUUCGAUCAGCCACGGCAAGACUCUAUCCUAUAGCGUCUGGACAACAUUAUAGCGUCAGUCUACAGCAUUUAUCGCAAGCUCCGUACAUACUGGAAUGGGCGUUACAGUUCAUAGACGAUUCGGUUGUGAAACUCAACUGGAAACUGUUCGCUAAGACCGUUAUUGCCGAGGAACUGAACCCGACGAGCGGCAACAAACCUUGGCUGGUCUAUUUCCACUCUCCCAGAUGUUACCGCUGCUACGAGAUGUACGCUGACUUUGCUAUAGCCGGUAUUCUACUGAACAACGCGGUGCAGCUCGGCAAAGUCAAUUGCCUGAACGAGCGCGGCCUCUGCCAACACGAGCACAUCACAAGCUAUCCGUCGCUCAAGCUGUACCUCGGCAGGAACAGCCGCCAGCGCUUCAGCAGCGUCGUGACACUGCAGGUCAGAGACCACAAGAGCAUUCUAGAAGAAAUCGAACCUCAUUUAAGGAGAUACGACGCCAGUCUGCUGGCCACCCGCGACGGUGCUGCCAGUAAUAGCAUCAGACACGACGAAUUUUAAAUAGUUUAAUGUUCAGGUUUUUGGAACGAAGUUCCUUAUGGUACGAUGCGGAGGGUUACCCUAACCGGGAAAUAAACGUCCGUAACGUAAGAUUUUUAUUAGUAAUGCACACAGUGUACGACUUAACUUUAUAAUAACGUACAAAAAAUAACAUAUUUUUUUAUCAUUCAUUGACCACGAUCUCGGAGCGUUCGUUUGCGCAAUACACUAACUCUUAUGCAAACAACCGUGAAUGAAAUGUACCACAAUAAGUUCGCACGUUACCGAAUGACCGUGAAGUGUUGCGAAACCUCCAGUUUUAUUUUCUUUAUACCUCGAAUAGAACUUAAAAUUAAUAUAAUAAGGAACUUCGUUCCUAUCCGGUGUCCCACGACACCUCAAUUUUUUUUUUAACAAGUAAAAGUAGAGUUCUUUCUACUAAAUGUCUUUACUGCUCUUUCUAAUCAAUUAGUAUAAAUACAAAAUAUGAAAAUUUCAAAAUCAUCACAAUUUUUUAUAUAUCAAAACCAAAGUGUAAGAAAAGUCUAGAUUUAGAUUACAUCACAUUCAGCACUGCAAAUAUGUUUCAAAUGUUAAUAAAAUUCGGUCGUACCUUUGGAUACAGUGACGUCAGCUCUAUCUGUAUGUCAGAGCGGGUCGCUUGUUAGGUAAUUAAUAUUUUUUAUGACAGACGGUAUACUGUUCCAAAUCUCUAUAUAUAGGAGGCUAAUUGCAAAAAAAGAGUAUAGUUGAUUGGGGGGAAUAGAGACUAGAGUUAGAAUAGGGAGAAAUCUGGGAUGUCACAAUACUUUGGUUGAGUUAUUAGAUUUAAUUUUGUUGAACUGAAAAUGACUUUUAUUUAGUGUUUAAAAAUAUUAACUAAUUAAAUAUAGUCAUCAAAUUUUUGUAACUCAUUAAAGAUAUUAAAAAUUUAAUUACCUAUAGUUAGGUACCUACCUAACAACCAAAUAGUGCCAGCCCUAUCGAAAAACUAUUGUCCCCAUAAAAAACAACGCCAAGGUGAAUCGGGUCAAGCUAGUUUUUUUGUGUCUAUUUUGUAAUGAACUGUCUAAUAACGCAUCGUAUAUAAAGAUUUAAGCCUUCACCGUAGACAUCCGGAAUAAGCGAGCAAGCUUUUUACAUCUCUAACCAUACGUCGUACGUGACCAUACGUCCCGCUUUCAGACUGUCUAUCCCGCUGUCCCUGAAAUUAACUGUUUACUGACAUCAAAUAAUAAUCAAUUUAUCUUUAUAUUCCCAGCUCCGUCGUGAACUCUUAAGAUUAAAUAAAUUAUAAAAUUGUAUCGAAAUUGAUCAAGUAGUUUUUGUUUUGUAUUGGACUAGAAUAAACAAACAUAAUACCACGCCGUGGUAAUCUUUUUUGGAAAAUAUAUUUGUUUAUAAUAGUUUCGAUAAAUAAGAUAAAACAGCUGAUAAUUAAACGUUCUUGCGUAUAUCAUAAGUGCAAGCUAUUUAAAUUAACGCUUCAUUAUUUUUAAACCAGUGGUAUUUAAAAUACUCUAUCAUAUUAUACUAAGCCUAACCGAAAAUAUUAUUUAUGAAAUAAAUAAAUAAAUGUCGUUUUAGUAAGAUCGUAUUUCCUGAACCCACAAUGUAUUUUAAAGACCAAACGCCCCCAGCGUUCCCUUGUAAUCGCAGAUUCUGAGAGCCCUUUUUUUUUCUAUAAUUCCCUGACGCCCCAAGGUUUAGAUACAUUUUAUGUAUUACAUCUCUGUUGUUGUUGUUUAAGCAUUUAAAAUGUCUUCGUAUUUAAAUUUUUAUUGUAAAUAAUUAUUUUUAAAAACUUAUAAAAACAAUAUGAUUUAUUUAUAAACAAUGAUAUUGUAAUAAUUUUUCAUCAAAACAGCCAUCGACUGAUUUAGGCCCCAUUUUAAAUCGGUAGCUAUGCAUUUACUAAUAAUGAAAUCUCAUUUGUUCUAAAUUAAUAGUUUUAAUAAUAAAUAAAUUACCAAAUUA